CAGGCGAGGCAAGUCGUACAGGCACCAGGCGUUGCACCAGGUUGUAUAUAUACGGAGGCCAACAUUUGGUAUUAUUUAUGGCAAAGAAGAAUCGGAAAAUCGACGACCGUCCAUGACGAACGUGGUGUUCGCGAGUGCAGCCGAUUAGCCUUGAAGACAAGUGACAUGAUCAGACCGAGUGCACCUGACACGGUGAUGUUCAAAUUCCGCGAGGAGCUGGUGGGCAAGCGGUUUUUGUCUGUGAGUGCUAGUGGUGGCUCGGCCAGGUUGAAAUUGAACAAGAUCGCCGAAUGGGGUUGGCGGGCUGGCGUGAUCAGGGCAGCCACACACCACGACUGCACCAACCCUGAGCUGCAGGUACUAGUCGAGUUUGACGACGUCGAGUGGCAGCGACGCGAGUGGCUCAGCCCGCACAAAGGCCACAUAUUCCACGUCUUUUUGAUUGAGAGCUGUCUCGUCUGGGCGGCCCGCGGCGACAGCUCGCUUCACCCAGCGCUCACUUUCAAGAUAUUGGUGGAUCACGCCCAAGUUGCUGAAUCGCCGGUCCAGCCCAUUGAAUUCCUCACCGAUCGUGCUGUCAGCUUUCGAGACGCGGGCGUCAAAGAUUACCAGCCUUUUCAGGGCUGGGAGAAAGCACCGAAAGUAGCACCAAGAGAUGCCACCAAUGUGAUUUCCUCAAUUAAGCAAUGGACUGAUUUUCACAACGGACAGAGUAUCCUUCUGUCCACGCCUAGUGUUCUCGUUGGAUACAGGGUAGAAGUUUACAGGGCGGAGGGCACCACUCAGUGGUACACUGCUGUGAUCGUAGCUUUCAACGAUGCCUCAAGUGACCUGACAGUGACUGAUGACACGGUAUUAGAAGAACACAACGAAGACCCGCGCCUUGUACAAAUGAGAUUAAUUGGAGAUGGAGUGGUCGAGUCCAUCAUGCGAGGUGACAAUGUCGGCAUCACGGCUAGACGGUCGCGAUCUGCAACUGCCGCUGCCAGCUUGUCUCUUCAGUCACCUAUGCGUGCUCAUCGAGUGACCUCCACGCCGUCAUCAAGCCCUGGAGGCCGCAGUAAUCACACACCCCCGUCGUUUAUGUCAUCAGCCGCAACCAAUUCAAAUGCCAUCGUUACACGCAAGGCAUCCAGAGUAACUGACACCGCGACAUCAGAUAAAGAUCCGAGCGCAGCGCCAAACUCUCCAAGGAUAAGGAGGAGGAAAACGAGCGGCGGCGCGGCGGGCACCAACAACGGCGGCAGCAGCAGUAGUUUGCCGUCAGUGGCUGCGGCGGCGAGCAGCGGCAGUGAGUGCUGGGACAAGAAGAAGAGUGCGGCGGUGGCCAGCAGCAAGGUGCUAGUGGUGCAAAGCGAGCAGAAAAGCUCGCACAGUGAUGAAGAGGUCAUCGAGGUGGGCCGCGUGAAAAGCACCACCAGUGUCGAUGUGGAUGCCACCGGCGGCACCAACAACAACAACAACAAUAGCAAGUUGGCACUGUUAGUGGUGACCGGUGACCAUGGUUCGGCCCGUCCGACAAUGCUCCAUCAACAACCGCAUCAGCCCGGAGACGUCAUUACAAGCCAACGCAUCAUCGACGCCUCCUCGCCGCUCAUCACCAACGCUGCUCUCUCCAUUCUGCCCUCGAGUGCUGCUUCAGACUCAGGGGUGAGUUCGCUGCGCUUGGGCUUGAGUAGCGAUGAACGCUCGACCUCCGCGUCCUCCUCUUCAAGAAGUUCCGAGACCGGUAGCAGUGGAGGUGGAGCAGCCUCUUCUUCGUCGUCGAACCUAGGUGCGUCGCAACCGAGCGAACCCGUGCGAGUGUGGCGCGACCCCAGCCUCGUGCAAGCCAGUGAACCCUUGGUGCGGCACAUCCACAGUGUCCAGCACCUGUCCCUGAUGCCCCACCACCCGCCGCAACCCCCGGCCUCGGCGCAGCAGCCGUCAGGCUCAGUCGAAAGCCGCAUCGGGCCGCCGCCCGCGGGCGCCGCCACCCGCGACCCCUCCCCGGUGACCCACUACCCGCCCCUGCCGCCCCAAAUGCUCGGCAACCACGCGAGCCUCCCCCACCUGUACGCGCAGGAGAUGAUUUGGAAGCAACGCUUCAUCGCCCAAUCCGCGGCCGCACACCCUGACGAUAUUCUCGAGCGGGAACGCGCCAUGGCGCAGGACAGGGAGCGCCACGAGAGGUAUCUAAGAGAGCGGCAGAGUAAAGAUGCGGCGGCGGCGGCGGCCAUUAAGGCUUACGAGCAAGGCAAUAGAGAACACAGGGUGGUGAUGGAGAGGGCGGUUCGAGAGCACGAAAGAGACCGAGAUCACCGAGAUCGGCAGUUGCAGCAUCAGCAGCAGCAGCAGCAUCACCACAUGGAGAGGGUGCGUGACGAGAGACUUAUGAUUGAGAAGGUGCGAGAGAUGAGCAGGGCGCAGGAUCAGGAGCGCGAACGCCAGAGGCAGCAGGCCCUGGAGAAGAAGCGGCAGGCCGAGGCUGUGCACAUGCAUUUUGAAGAAUCGCUGCGGCUGGCAAAAAACAAGGUUUGGAAAGUUGAAAACAACCUUUCAAUCCUCGCCAUGAGGCCGGGUGGAAACUGCGCGAGCUGGAACCUGUCCACGUUGCCUCCGCCCAUGUCCAGAGCUAAUCCCGAGGAAGAAGCUCGAAAGGCGGCUUCAGUGGCGCAGCAGCAGCGACUGAUUUUGGCCGAGAGGCAGCGACAGGAAGCGCGCAGUCAAGUGUACUAUACUUCUGCGCCGCCGCCGCCAAACUCUCAGCCUGCUCCCAUUUCGUUGAGGAAAGAGUACCCAACACCGCCAGCAGCGCACAGCAGGAUGCCGCCUGUCAAACACCCACACUUGCCCGAUCCGAAGGCAAUGAAAGUCGAGUCCGGCUUCAACUCGUUUGGCUACCCAGCUUAUCAGCCAGGCGCUCUGUUGUCCAGCGUCGACAAGAAAAUUAAGUCUGAACUGCCGAACCCUCCGCCGCUGUUGAGUGAGCCAAAGUCGUCGUCAGUGAUUGUGAAAAACGAAGCGAAACGCGAGCCAGUGUCGAUGGUGGCUCCCAAGUACUCUUCGUACCCCGUCAGGACGGCCACGCCUCAAGCUCCCCCCAAACCGUCCCACCACAUGCAACCACAACAACAGCAGCAACAACAACAGACAGACUCGCGCGCCCUGUGUUACCCGACGGGUCCUCCGUUCGCCACGGCGGGCAAGGGCUCGGCCGUGGCCUACCCCUACUCGACGGCCCCUCCCAAUUCAAAGCUGUACGGACAGCCGAGCGGCACGCCGCCGGCGCCGCUCAAGCCCAAGGUGUCGAGUCCGGCGCCGCCGCACAUCUACGGCAUCCCCACGCACGGUCUGGGCCCGCCUAGCGUGUCUACGCACCACCACCGCACCUCUGAGGGGCCCAGUCCGAUACCCCUGACGCAGCCCCCGCACCUCCUGCAGAACAAGUACUUCGCCCCACCGCCCGCGCACACGGGCUCGAGGACACUCGAGCACGGAAGGGGUAUGGAUCACCACCCCCACUUGUUCGCGCAAGGAACCCCGUCCCCCUCGCCAGGGGCCACCCCGGCCCCCCCGCACGCCUCGCCGCUGCCCGUCCUGCCGCAGCAGCGAGUGGCGCCCUUGAUGGCGACCGCGGCCUCGGCCAACGCGUGCCAAACGCAACCCCUCGAUCUCGGCUUCAAAGACCCUGGUUCGCCCAACAAGCGGUCGGCGCCCUCGCCAGACCUCAGCAAGAAAAGACGCGUCGAGACUCCGCAGCCAACGAUCUCGGUCACGCCGCAGCCUCCGCCGGCGCAGCCCACGCCGCCGCCAGCGGCCGCCUCGCCGCUACUCUCGAGGGUGAGCGAGCCGUCGCCGCUGAUCGCCAGUGCGGCCACCACCAUCACCACCGUGGAGAAUUUGGCCGUCGCGGCCGGUGGGGUGAUCCAGCAACGGCCGCCGUCCACGCCGCAGCCCUCGCCCAGCACGACACCGAGCAAGGCCCCCAGCCCGGCGCCAACCAAAUCCCUCCACGGUCUUGGUCUCAAAAAGGCCUGGCUGCACAGGCACACGACAGGUGAAGAUGUGGGCGAGCAGAGAUGCGUGACGCCAGUCACCCCAGCCGAUCCUUCGCCAGUGCAGUGCAGCAGUCCAGUUAUCAACCAAGUACCUGCCUCGCCUCCCCAGCCAAACACGCCCAAGGGCAAAGUCGGGGCUGCCAAAGUGCCAUUCAGAAAGGCCACCGCGUCCGUCAAUCCGAGCAUGCUGAACGGCCACGGCGACUCGGGCCAGGAGAACGAGUCCUCGAGCUCGGACGAACCAGCACAAGCACAGAAAAAGUCGCCAGCCAAGCGGAAGCCUGCGGGCAAACGGCGCAGAGGGGCCAAGAAGACUGUUGUGCAGGAGGAGAGAAGCAAGCGGAGGGCGGCCACCGCCGCCAGCGACAGUGACAGUGACAAGGAGAGCGGCACCGAGAAAGACUCUGAGGACUCUGUGAGUUCAAAUAAGCGCGGAGGCGGCAAAGAGACGUCCGGCGGCUCGAACGGAGGCGGCGGGGGCGGCAGUGGCGCCAACAACGGAGGUGCUAAGAAGCGGGGACGUCGACCCAAGUCAAAAAACGACGAACCUAGGCCUCCCAAGAAGGCCAGGGGCUCUGGUGGGAACGACGACGGGUCUCCAACUCCCCCUCCCAGGGAUCCGUCCAAGAAGCCGCCCAUCAGCCAGCUAAAGAAGACUGGGGAAAGUUUUUUACAAGACGGACACUGCUUUGAAGUGGCGCCCAAGCUAGCUAAAUGUAGAGAAUGCCGCCUUACGCAGAACCAGCGCAGCAAAGAAGUGUACAAUAAUAUUUUCUGCAGGUUCUACUACUUUAGGCGAUUAAGAUACACUAAGAACGGGCAGCUAGCCAUCGCCGGCUUUUCCGAUCCUCACUUGGACGCCAAAGAGGAGGAUGUUAAACUGUGGACUCCGGACACAGUGCCAAAUGACCUCGACGCAAACAUGGCCAAAUUUUUACUCACGGAAGUUGGAGAUCAGUUUUGCGACAUCAUCCAGCAAGAGCUGGAGGCGAAGGAGAUUAGCGUGGCAAAAGAUCGGAAAAUCGUGUGGAAGAAGGUGGUUCAAAAAGUGCGCGAGAUGUGUGACGUUUGCGAAACUACGCUCUUCAACAACCACUGGGCCUGUGACAAAUGCGGAUUCGUCGUCUGCAUUGAUUGCUACAAGAACCGCAAAAAUGGCAAAUGCAAGAGGUGGGAGGACCCAGCCAACAAGGACCGUGACGAAUUCCUCUGGCUUUUGUGCACCAACAAGCAAGGUCACGAACUCGAGCGCCUCAUGCUGACCCAAAUAAUCGUGAAGGACGCGCUAACCGCCCUGGGACGCAAGAUGCACGAUAUCAGGUCGCAUUUCGGCAUCAGGCAGCAGUGUUCGUGUCCGAUGAACAAGGACGUCAAGGCCAACGGCAUCUGCAAGGAGACGCAGGCCAAGACGGACUUGAACAACGGCACCGAAAAGUCGAACGGCGCCUCAGACCCCCUGCCCAAUGGAGGAGACAAGGAGGCGGAAAACUCGCCGCUGAGCGUCUUGGCCGACGUGGCGCUGUCCUCGGACAAGAAGGAGGAAGCCAAGUCACCCAGCCCGAAAAGCACGCUGCCCGCCAGGAGCAGUGACUGGGACUCGAGCGACUCAGACUCGGAUAACGAGAAAGAGGAGACCAACUUCUCGACGCUGCGCGAGCUGCUGAUCCGGCGGCCGUCUGGCAAGACGAGCGGCUCGGAAUCUCCCACGCAGGCCGAGGAGGGCGCCAAGUCGGACGACCAGUCGGCCACCGAGCAGACGACGCCUGCCGAGGAGGAGCAGCUGCUGCAGCAGGACGGACCGAAGCAGAAGUUGCUGCUGAAAAACUUCAAGCGCAGCAAGGAGUACCGCGUGACCAACACCCGGCUGCCGUGGCGCGUGAUGACGAUGGCCAAGAGCAAGAUGCUGUACCCCAACGUGCCGCACCAGUGGCAGUGCGACGGACGCCUGCUCGUGCUCACCGACCCCAACCACUCGGACAACAUGAAGAUCUUCCAGGACCAGUGGAAGAGAGGCCAGCCGGUCAUCGUGUUGAACGUGUCCGGCAAGCUGAGCCAGGAACUGUGGCACCCCAACAAGUUCGCGCAGGACUUUGGCGACCAGAAGGCCGACUUGAUCAACUGCCUGAACGGUCAAACCGUGCCUAAUGUCGCCAUGAGACACUUCUGGGAGGGCUUCGAGUUCUAUGGCAAGCGCCUCACCGACAAGCAGUCCAACUCAAUGAUUCUCAAACUUAAAGACUGGCCUCCAGGUGAAGAUUUCGCCGACAUGCUGCCCGCGCACAUGCAAGACCUGAUGGAGGCGCUGCCAAUGCCGGAAUACACGCACCGCAACGGCAAACUCAACAUGGCCUCGAGACUGCCCGAGUACUUCGUGAAGCCAGACCUGGGACCCAAAAUGUACAACGCUUACGGGUCGUCACUUCACCCAGACAUUGGGACCACUAAUUUGCAUUUAGACGUUUCCGACGCGGUCAAUGUGAUGGUCUACAGCGGCUGCUGCAGUGAUCACAACAACGAGGAAAACAUGAAAGCUGCUCUCGCGGCCAUCGACAAGGCUGGCUGUGAUGUCUUGACCAGGCGGAGGGUCCGCGAAAAGGGCGUGAUUCCAGGUGCUCUCUGGCACAUUUACGACGCGUGCGAUGCCGAUUCCAUCAGAGAUCUCUUGAACACCAUUGAAGUCGAAAGAGGCAAACAACCGGAUCCAAACCACGAUCCCAUCCACGACCAGAGCUACUACUUGGACGAGAUUAUUCGCGAGCGCCUGCUGAGGGAAUACAACGUGUCCGGCUACGCCAUCGUGCAGUGCCUGGGCGACGCCGUCUUCGUGCCGGCAGGAGCGCCUCACCAGGUGCGCAACCUGCACAACUGCAUCAAGGUGGCCGAGGACUUUGUCUCGCCGGAGAACGUGUCGCACUGCUUCCAGCUGACCCAGCAAUUCCGCGACCUCGCCGAAACUCACACCAACCAUGAGGACAAACUGCAGAUCAAGAACAUCAUUUACCACGCCGUCAAGGACUCUGUGGCGGUGCUCACGGCACAGCUCAAGAACAAUCCAGGGGCCAUCAAAACGGAGGCUUUGCAUGAAGCCGACACCAAGAAUUCUGUCAAAGUGAAAGAGGAGCAGGAUAAAAGUGAGAGCGGCUCUGACAACGGGAGCGCAGGCUCUGACGACCAACGUGAGAGGAAAUGUGUUGGUGGCGUGCAGAAGGUGAAGGAGGAGGCGUGCGAGCUCGUCUCUGCGGACGAAAUGAAGAAGGAGAGUUGCACCUCGGCCGCCGUCAGUCCAAACUCGGUUGCGUCCUCCUGAAAAAGAACAACGACGUCUCAUUGUGAUAAAAAGUAAUUUUUGAAAAAGCCUGCAGUGAAUGGAUGUUAAUGAGUUUUGCUGUGACAAACCGUCAUCUCUCUCUCGAUUGGUUGUGGUUGACCACGUGUGUAGGGUGGAGAUUAUUAAUUUGUGCAUUAAAUGAGGCUCAUGUUUCGUGUCUUACUUAUCAAACGAGGCAAUUCUUUUCGAAACCUGUACAUAUAGAUUGCUAUUGUGUAAGGUAAAACGUAACAAGCUCAAAAGUUGGUUGGAUUUCGAAAGUUAAACUUAAACCUGAAACGGAUGAAAUACUGUAAAGUUGUAAGAUUUAUGAUCUCAGUGUGUUGAGGAUGGACUCUUACUUACUCGGACGCGCUCUCGAUUAUUUGCAAAGUGUUUCCAGACGGCAAAAGGAAUCUGGUAACCCCCCCCCCCCAUUCAAGUUUCUCUUGAUGUGCGUGCCGCGGCGGUCUCUGCGGGCGGCGCCUCUUAUCGAUGUUGAUUCAAUUAUUGAUUGUACUUAGAGCAUUCUCAAACAUCUGUCUCUCAAUGUUUUAUCCUUGCGAUCUAUCAACCAUGUGCCAACCGUCGUCAUAUGUUAAUUGUCUGGUAACUAAACUUAUUUUCACCAAGCUGAAUUCGACAGAAAUGCAUUUUUCCUCAUAAUAACAUGAAAAUAAGUUCCUAAGGUUGGUUUCAAGAGUUUUCUUUGCUCGGCUUUGACAUCUGGCUGCUUCUGCAGAAACUACUUCUCACGGAUUAUUUAUUUGCUAAAAUAUUCCGAGUGGUCUUGAUCGGCAUAAGAUUGGUGUUAAUUUUCUACAAGCAUUGUAUUAUAAGAUUGUGAACACAAUAUUUUAAAUUAUAGGUUUUCUACUCUGUAAAUAAAUUAUUAAAAGUAAUUCUUGCGAAAAGAAUUAAUAUGUUUAUUAUGGA